AUGCUCAACAACGAGGCGACCGAUUUCUCUUUAGCAAGGCGAGUUCUGGCUGACUACCAUCCGCUCCAGCCGGAAAUGAUCAUGCAGCUCGCGGCACAGCAGCAUCCACAAUUUGUGUGUCCGGCGAACGUGCGCAAGUUCGUCGUUCCGGUUCCCUGGCAGAAAGACCCGCCGCAGAUCGUGCAGAGCUACAUGUCGAGCACCUGGAGGCGGGACAACAUGAGCCUCCUCGACUUUCUGCGGAAGUCGGGAUCCGACGGGCAGAUCUCGCAAAAGUAUCGCCGCGUGCACCGUGCGCACAAGAUUGACAUGCCCCUCAAAGAUUGGAUCAACGUUCACCCGGCAGACGGCCAGACUCUCGUCGCCAGCAUCAUGUAUUCUCACACCAACGAUCGGCACUACGGCCAGUGGCUCCUGCUCAAUGUGCCCUUCCGCAACAUCGACGACCUCUGGCACCCGCAGGCGGAGCUCCUACCAGAGAAUCUGCGAUACCUGGGCCUGUGCGUCCUGCAUCGCCGUCGUUUCUGGCGAGAUCCGGUCAAGAUCCGGUCAGAGCUGGAAAAGGAAGCGCGAAACGACUUGUACAUCCAAAAUACACUCGCCAUGCUGACCGCCAGGAUCGAGCUCGUCGACGCCUACCUUUCCGGGGACAUGACGGUCGAAAGAGAGGCGGCCCCUCCGCUGGACGGCGUUGCACGGGUGGCCCAUGCAGAAGUUCGAGUAGCACCGGAGCAAGCGACAGUGAUAAACGUCGUCGGUCGUCGAGUACAACAUGCAAUGGUAACCAAGUGGCCGGAGGAUCGGGAAGUCGAGGGCUGGGCCACUUGGUUGGAACAGGACGUCGCCGCGAAUAGUGUGACCGUCGUACUCGGACCGGCCGGCAGCGGAAAAAGCACGGCAGUGGAAAUCGCAUUGGACCGAGCUGUUCAAGCAGGUGCUCACGUCGGAGUUGCGUGUCCGACAGGCAUGCUGGCAACCCGGUACAGAGCACGUCAUCCGGAUCUGGACAUUGACACCGUGCAUGGCAUGUUCGCGCUGCACAAAGACGAACUCCAAACGGCCGACAUGAUGAAGAUCUAUGACAUGCUCGUGAUCGACGAAGUCGGCCAGCUGCCGGAGUGGAUUUUCGAAAGGUUGUUGCGACUGUGGGACGCCGCCGACCGUCGGACUGCCCUUGUGUUCGUGGGUGACUUCUGUCAGCUCUUAGGACCGGACGGCACCACGGCGAGAGACAGCUUCAGGUGGCGAGACAUGCACGUCCUGUACCUGCACGAGAUGCGUCGCUGUAAGUGCGAGAAACUCAAGUGGAAGCUGGAGCUGCUGCGAAAUACCCUGCCCAGUGGAAAACAAUUGAAGAAGAUUCUGAGAGGCCACCGUGCAAAUCUUCGAAGUCGAUCCGGAGUCAGCCAUGAUCUCAAUGCAGAGGACAUCGCCACCAUGCUGCAGGAAACCCCCCGGACGACCUUCAUCACCAUCACCCGUCGAGGAUCCGCCCGACUCAACCAGCUCGCCAUGCGUGCCCUCUUCGUGGACGCGGAAAUGCUCGACCGCAUACCGUGUGAUCCACAGGAGAACUUCGAGAAUUUCCGAGGCGCAGCGCAGGUGGCGGCAGAACCUUUCUGGAUGCCGGUCUAUCAGGGCAUGCGCGUGGUCAUCACCAGGAACACGGACAAGGAGAAUGGCUUCGUCAAUGGAAUGGGAGCAACGGUGCAGCGCAUGAGGCGAAGCGGCGUGCAGGUGAGGACGGACGCCGGGAAGGUUCUCUUGGUUCACCCCGUGACUCACGAAUGCCAGCUCUGGGAUGGAUCCAACAGCAGAACGACGGCCUUUCCACUGCGGCCGGGCUACAGCACCACCCUGCAUAAGAUUCAGGGUGCCACUCUGCCGCACGUCACCCUGUGGAUGGAUGUUCCUUUCGUGCGCGCAGCUCUCUAUGUGGCCCUCUCACGAGUUCAAUACGAUCGUGACUGGCGUUUCAUAGGGUCCAUAGACAGGCGACAUUGCCUGCCUGCGCGCCUCUAA